AUGGUACCUCGAAUGCGAUGCAAACCAGGUUAUCCAGAGGAUUUCAACGAUGCAAUCAAGAGAAGUCCUUUAAUUGGCGACGACCUGAAAGAGCUCAUAAAAGGCUCAGACAAGCCUCCUAUCUUUGUCUACGGACAUUUGAUGGUCCCUAGAGUCCUAAAAUACUUCGCAAACAUGCGCGAAACUGAGAAGGUCGAUAUGGUCUACGCAACCCUCCCGCUAUACAAGCUCUACCAUUUCUCAGAGAACGAGGAAGCCGGUCUGCCGACUAUCAAAGAAUCAUCUUCCCCGAGCGACGUGGUAGAGGGAAUGCUCGUUUUUGGAUUGACCUCAGAACAACGUAAUGUCGUUAAGGAGAACGAGCUUGGACGACUGGAACAAAUGGUCUUCGCCGCUGUCCAGGUCCAAGUAUCUCAGAUGGACAAAGUUUCCUUUUAUGAUGUCAAAUGCGAAAAGUCGGUUGAUGCGGGAACUUUCGUUUGGAACUCGAAAGAGAAUGGCUUGACGCCUAUGGACAGCUCUUUUUGGCCUAUAGAUGACUUCCUAAAACAUCGGCUCUAUGAAGGUAUCGUGGAAUACCAAAAGCUGGAACGGCUUCGAGACGAAGAUUAA